CUUUGUUGUCUAGACGGCGUAUUUAUUAUUUAUCUAAUUUCAUCCAAAAACUUUGCAGGCUAAUAGUCAAGUACAAGUUUACAGCCUUAUUCCUUAAAAUGGCCAGUAUUUCGAUUGCUGUAAAGAGGCCGAUUUCGGUAACAGAGACUCUUGAAGCUAGCAGCUCUCAACCACCCCACAAGAAGAUUAGAAUACAAACAACCACUAAAAACGCAGCAAAUGGCAAACUUCAACAAGCAUUGAACAUUCUUGAGACUAUUUCACCACAGAAUAGCAAGGAGCUUCUGGAUCUAUUAGUAAAGAUAGCAGAUGAACUGGUACUAAACGAUUGUCAGUUGCCAGAAAUACAUGAUGCUAUAAGUAAACUUAUCGAGUUAUUUCGCCAGGAGCGUGAUGGAGACACCACGAUCAGAGUCAUGAUAUUGGGUUUGCUGGCAGAUCUUUCUGAUAUUCGUAUUGCCGAGGUGGUAAAUGCCUUAAUUGAUGAAAUCAUAGGCGUAUUGAAGUAUGAAAAGUCACAAAAGGUAAUUGCCCAAGGCUUAGGUAGUUUGCACAAAAUUGGUACGAAAAACUUGAAAAUUUUAGCCACAAUGCAUGUUACCAAAAUAGCCCAUUUUGCACAGCAACAAUUGUGCUCGGAGUCGCAUCAAACACAGAAAAAUGCCUUAAUGGUGUUGUCUUCUUUUGUUGCUUUGACGGAUGCCAAGAAGGGUGUUAUCGAUACCAUUGGCCACUAUGCCGACUCCCAGGAUUCUGGGGUGAGGGCACAAAGUUUGAGAUCCAUACUAUGUUUAGGCGAAAGAGGAGCACUACUAUCACCCGCCUUAUAUCAAAGAGCUGUAGAUGCAAUGCAAGACGACUAUGAAUGUGUACGUCAACAGGCUCUACAAUUGGUCUUGCAGAUAGGCCUUAAGCAUCCCGAACACAUGAUAUUAUGUGGCACAGAGGACGAAGAAGAAAUGCGCCUAAUAGAUGCGGCCUUUAGUAAAGUAUGCGCUGCCCUUUGUGACUUAUCGAUUCAGAUAAGAGUUCAAGCGGCAGAACAUUUAGGACAAAUGACUAUGGUGGGUCCCGAGUUUCUGCAUCAAACUUUGGAUAAAAAGCUUAUGAGUAAUUUGCGACGUAAGAAAACCGCCCAUGAAAGAGGAGCUCAACUGGUGGCAUCUGGUGAAUGGUCCUCUGGUAAACGUUGGGCCGAUGAUGCUCCACAAGAGCAUUUGGAUGCCAAGACAAUAUCCUUAAUAGCUAGCGGAGCUUGCGGCGCCUUGGUACAUGGCUUGGAGGAUGAAUUCAUGGAAGUGCGCAUAGCCACGGUAGAUUCAAUGUGUAAAUUGGCUCUCAAGCACCCGGACUUUGCAGUUACUUGUUUGGAUUUUCUUGUCGACAUGUUCAAUGAUGAAAUCGAAGAAGUUCGGCUCAAAGCAAUUUAUAGUCUGACUGCAAUAGCCCGUCAUAUUGUUUUGAGAGAAGAUCAAUUGGAAAUUAUGUUGUCGUCUCUGGAAGAUUUUUCGGUUGAGGUACGAGAGGGCCUUCACUUGAUGCUGGGGGCCUGCCGUGUAUCCACUCAGGCUUGUCUGCUGAUGGUAGUGCAAAAACUGCUGGAUGUGUUGGCAAAAUACCCGCAGGAUAAAUUGUCAGCAUUCGGUUGCAUGCGUAAAGUAGGCCAAAAACAUCCCCAUCUUUGCAUGGCAGUUACAUCGCAUCUUCUACAGGAUCAUCCAUUUUUCGAUAGUGCUGAGCGUGAUGUUGAAGAUCCAUCAUAUCUUUGUAUAUUGAUACUGUUAUUUAACGCUGCUGCUAGCUUAGUCCCGAUUAUUAGUCUAUUUCCCGAUGUUACGCUUAAGCAUUAUGCUUACCUUCGGGAUGCAAUGCCUGCACUUGUUCCGCCACUACCCAUAGAGGGCGCUUCCACGAAAAAGCCCAUGGAUGAUGUAAAUAGUUCCAACAAUUCUCGAGAAUAUUUGGAAACAAUGCUGGCUCAUAUUAAUGACAUAUUUACCAUUGCCACCGAACGAGUGCCUCUGCUUAAGACCGCUCAGGAUAAUCUAAAGCGUUUGGGCGAAAUCGAUCCGGAAAUGGUGGGAACUGCAAAUUUUUUGGAAACAUUUUUGGCUGCACAGAUUCAAAUCGAGCAGCUGCAAUCGUGUACUACAUCACAUCAUAGCCGAGCACCUCUAAAGGAGAGCCUAUCACAGUUAGUGCGCAACUGUUUGAAAUUACAGCACAUAUUUUCUGGUCUUAGCUAUAGUGAUAUGCUGUUGGUGAAACAGAUAUGCUUAAGAGCCAGCGCAUUGCACUUGGUGUUGGUAGUUCGUGAUCGAUCCCAAAGUGCUUUGGGCCCUUGUCAAAUGUUGCUGCAGACGGCGUCGGAUAUAAGCAAUUUUCUUGAUGACAAAGAAUCUUUCCAACCAGACACUUUAACCACGUCGCUACUUAAUCAGCUUUCAAGUAUUGUGGACCCUAAACCUGGCAAAGUGUUUAGAGAAAUAUUACCGCUUGUGCAAAGGCCAUGUGUUGUGCGUAUGCCACCACCUAAUGUAAACAUUAAAAUGUGUGAGGCCAAUAUUUUGGAGCCUUGUCCUCAGAUGUCUCAGGAUAAUGUUAUUAAAGUGACAGCAGGCCUUAUAGCCGCCCUACCGUUUGUAGCAGAAAUCGAUAAUCUCCAAGAGACCCAAAAGAAUGAUAUGCGCAUAAAAAUUAAAUACCCCGAUCAACAUAUGCACACAGUUGUACCAAAAUUAUCCGAUUUCAAAAAAAUUAUGACCGAGCAGGGAGCCCAUGAGACAAAUGUUAAGUUAAGAACAACAAUAUUACUAUCCCAUUCUGUUUGGACAGAAGCCUCGUCGGUGGAAAUUACCCUAUGUUUGGCUGUACGGCCGGGUACUGAUUUAGAGUUAUGUAAACCAGCUAAGAUACUAUUUGCGCCGAAACCAGUCAGACGUGGUAUUUAAGGAGACAUAUACUUUUUAGUGUUAAGAAUAAAAAUUGCAGUUUUUUGUAAUUUGGUUCAAUGUGAAAGAUGUUUAUAAGAUUAUUGUAACUCUCAUGGAGAAAUGCGAAAGGAAGGAAACCAAUUGCGAUGUGAAUCAAAAUACAACAAAAUUUUGUAUGAAAAUCGA